GCUCCGUGCGCCGCCCGCCCCUCAGUCAAGAUGGCGACGCUGAGAGCGGCGGGGGCGGCGCUGCUGCGGCCCCGGGCCGGGCCCGCCCCGGCCGCGCUGGGCUACCACAAGAAGGUGGUGGAUCACUACGAGAACCCGCGCAACGUCGGCUCCCUCGACCGCAACGCCAAGAACGUAGGCACCGGCCUGGUGGGCGCCCCGGCCUGCGGCGACGUCAUGAAGCUACAGGUGGAGGUGGACGAGAACGGCAAGAUCGUGGACGCCCGGUUCAAAACGUUCGGGUGCGGCUCGGCCAUCGCCUCCAGCUCGCUGGCCACCGAGUGGGUCAAAGGGAAAACGGUUGACGAAGCGCUGAAGAUCAAGAACACGGAUAUUGCCAAGGAGCUCUGCCUUCCCCCUGUCAAACUGCACUGCUCCAUGCUGGCUGAGGACGCCAUCAAGGCCGCCCUGGCUGAUUACAAACUGAAGCAGGAUCCCAACAAAGAAUCCGAGAAAAAAGCCAACAAUGCCUGAACUGACUGCGGAGCUUUUUCCUCCUCCCUCCUCACUUUGCAGUGCAAUUCCCGAGCUGUAGUAGGACCCAGUGCACUACUCAAGCUGUAAGAUACGCACAAGUUACGCACAACGUGUCCCUGGUGGUGUCCAGCCACUCCGUAGUGCUCACACGGCUGGGAUGGGGGGCCCCGUCCCCACUGGAAUGCCACGGGAAGACUCUGCUCCAGAGGGAAAACCCCGCUGGCCGGUACUGGAAGGGCUGCACUUUUUUUUUUCUGGGAAGAUGUCUAGUUUUGCCUAAUAUUUGAUGGAAUUUAGUGGGAA